AUGAGCACCCUGUCCACUCCUUCAUCUUCUGCAUUGAUGACCCUGGCCGGCAAAAGGUUUUUGGCAAGGAAGACUUACAAGCCAUCAUCCUGGAGAGUGAUCCAUCAAGUCAAACGCCUGAAAGCUGUUCGGGAGCGCAUAACAAGAUUGGAAGCCGAGUAUGCAAAAUUUCGUAAUGAGGCUGAAGAACGUAAGCAACAAGCUGCUGAGGACACUAUUGUGUCUUGUGAAGCUGUCACUGAACAAGUAUCAAAACCAAAGGAGAAGCGUGUGUCAGCUUUCCGAUAUGGCCUUGGGGAUAGCCAGGCGAGAAGAACCAAAAUGAGAGGCUUCUUGACAAAGAUUCUCAUGCAAAAAGACGAGGUGGAUCGAACGGACUUGGGCUCCUUAUGGGAUAGCGAAGCAUUAACUUCAUCUGAAAUCGAUGUUAUCUUCAAGAUAUAUCGCUCAUUGAGACCAUUAUUACGACAUGUAUACAACACCAAGUGUUCUAUUGCCUCGCAGAUACCCUUUUGCUGUCUGGCAAACAAGAUAUUGAUUGCCGCAGGAAACCAAAAGCAAACAAGAGCUUUAAUAACGUUUUCUUCUAUCGCGACUAUUCAUGCAUUGACCAUCACACCAACCACUUUACUGAAGAUUAUCGGCGAUAUGGUAGCAACCCCCGGUUCCUUACCAAUUGCAAAAGCCAAAGAUCACAAGGGAGGAAACGAUGGGUUUACUCUUCAACAACGACAAAAAUGA